GCGGGCGACGCGAUGCAGUCGCGCGCCGUGGAGACGCGCGUCUCGCUGCAGGUGGCGGAGGGCGCGCCCGUGGGCUCGCUGGUGGGCGCCAUCCCCACGCAGCCCGGCUUCACGUACCGCUUCAACGAGGCGCCGCGCGAGUUCACGCUGGACGCGCGCUCCGGCGCCAUCCGCACCGCCGCCGAGCUGGACCGCGAGGCGCUGCGCUCCGACCGCUACGACCUGGUCGUGCUGUCCAGCCAGCCCACCUACCCGAUCGAAGUGCGCGUCACCGUGCUCGACGUCAACGACAACGCGCCCGCCUUUCCCGAGCCCAGCAUCGCCGUGUCGUUCAGCGAGAGCGCGGCGCCGGGCACGCGCCUGCUGCUGGACGCCGCGUCGGACGCGGACGCGGGCGCCAACGGCGUCUCCGACGACUACCGCAUCGUGGCCGGCAACCGCGACGACAAGUUUCGCCUGGUGGUGACGGAGAGCCCGGCGGCCGCCGGCGAGCUGCCCUACACCUACCUCCACCUGGAGACGACGGCGCGCCUCGACCGGGAGCAGGUCGCCUGCUACCAGCUGAACGUGUCGGCGCGGGACGGCGGCGACCCGCCGCGCUUCGGCUUCCUGCUCGUCAACGUCACCGUGCUCGACGUCAACGACAACCCGCCCAUCUUCGACCACAGCGACUACACCGUCUCGCUCAACGAGAGCGCGCCGCCCGGCACGCACGUCCUGCAGGUGACGGCGACGGACAGCGACGUGGGCGACAACGCGCGCGUCGCCUACUACCUGUCGGACGGCGAGCGGCAGUUCGCGGUGGACGCGGAGACGGGCGACAUCACGACGGCCGAGCCGCUGCACUGCCCGCAGCAGUCGUGCGCCAGCGCGCGCCCGGGCGGCCUCGGCGGCUGCCCCAAGAGCUGCGUGUUCACCGUGUUCGCACGCGACCACGGCAGCCCGCGCCAGGACGGCCGCACCUACGUCACCGUCAACCUGCUCGACGCCAACGACCACGACCCGGUCAUCAAGUUCCGCUACUUCCCGUCCACGUCGGGCUUCGCGACCGUCGACGAGAACGCGGCCAACGGCUCGGUGGUGGCGGCCGUGUCGGUCGUGGACCAGGACGAGGGCCCGAACGGCGAGACGACGGUGGAGAUUCGCGCCGGCAACGAGCUGGGCCACUUCCGGCUCGACUGCACGCCCAGCUUCGACAUCGUGCGCGUGCACGGCGUGCUGGACCGCGAGCAGGUGAGCAAGUACAACCUGACGGUGGUGGCGGCCGACCGCGGCUCGCCGCCGCGCACGGCCACCGCCUUCCUCAUCGUGCGCGUCAACGACGUCAACGACCACGAGCCGGUGUUCGCCAAGAGCGAGUACUCGGCCGUGCUGAGCGAGCUGGCGCCCGCGGGCAGCUACGUGGCCAGCAUCGCCGCCGCCGACGAGGACUCGGGCGUGAACGCGCGCAUCUACUACGCGUUCGUGUCGGGCAACGAGCGCGGCUGGUUCGCCAUCGACGAGGACUCGGGCCUGGUGACGACGCGCGCGCCGCUGGACCGCGAGGCGCAGGACACGGCCGAGCUGCGCGUGUCGGCGCGCGACGGCGGGCCCAACCCCAAGUGGGCCUACACGCAGCUCAAGGUGGCCAUCCUCGACGAGAACGACGAGCGGCCCCGCUUCUCGCAGGAGCGCAUCGAGGUGAGCCUGCCGGAGAGCGCGCCCGCCGGCACGCUGGUGGCCAUGCUGACGGCCGAGGACCCCGACCAGGGCACGAACGGCUCGGUGGCGUACGAGCUGCCGCGGCCGCCGGACUACCCUGCCGCCUUCUCGCUGGACCCGCUCACCGGCCAGCUGACGACGCGGCGCGCCCUCGACCGCGAGCAGCGCGCGCGCUACGAGGUGCGCGUGGUGGCGCGCGACCGCGGCGUCGCGGCGCCCGCGCUCUCCGCCAGCGCCACCGUCGUGCUCACCGUGCUCGACGAGAACGACAACAGCCCCGCCUUCUACCCCGCCCACUACUUCGCCGCCGUGCCACACCACCUGCCCGCCGGCGCCACCCUCCUGCAGGUGUCGGCGAGCGACCGCGACGAGGGCGUCAAUGCCGAGCUACGCUUCGCGCUGGAGGCGGGAGACGCCGCGCUGUUCGCCGUCGAUCCGCGCUCCGGCGCCGUCACGCUGCGCGCGCCGCUGCCACUGCCCGAGGACGCCGGGGGCGGCGACGACGCCGGGGGCGGCGGCCCGGUGUGGCGGCUGCGCGUGUCGGCGCGCGACGGCGGCGGCCGGCGCGCAGACCCGGACGCCACGGUGGAGCUGGUGGCGAGCGCGCGCCUCGCCGUCCUGGAGUUCGACUCGGCCGCCGGCUACCACUUCGAGGUCGCCGAGGACGACGGCUCGGAGGCGGCGGCGGGGGCGGCGCCGGCGGCGGGCGGCCGCGUCGUGGGCCGCGUGCGCGUGGCGCGCGCCCACCAGGCCGGCGCCGCCGUCACGUACGCCGUCGUGGCGGGCGACCCCGAGGGCAGCUUCGCCGUGGACGCGGCGUCGGGCGUGCUGAGCACGCGCGGCCCGCUGGACCGCGAGCGCGUCGCGCGCUACAGCUUGCGCGUGCUGGCGCGCGCCGGGCCCGCCGCGGGGGAGGCCGUCGUCAACGUCACGGUGCUGGACGUGAACGACAACGCGCCCGAGUUCCCGGGCGCGCCGGCCGAGGUGCGGCUGGCGGAGAACGCGGCCGUGGGCCAGGAGGUGUGCCUGUGCCGCGCGCGCGACCGCGACGCGGCCGCCAACAGCCGGCUCGCCUACAGCCUGGCGCGCGACCCGGACGGCCAGUUCGGCGUGGGCGCCGCCAGCGGCGUCGUCUUCCUGCGGCGGCCGGUGCGCGCGCCGCCCGGCUCAGCGCUCUCCGUCGAGGUGGCCGCCACCGACGGCGGGCAGCCGCCGCGCACCGCGCGCCACGCCCUCUCCGUGCUCGUCGUCGACGUCAACGACCACACGCCCGUCUUCGACCACACGUCGUACGAGACGUCGCUGCUCGAGUCGACGCCCGUCAACGAGCGCUUCUUCGCGCUGGCCGCGUCCGACGCCGACCUGGGCGCCAACGGGCAGGUGCGCUACGCCAUCAGCGAGGGCGACGCCGCGGGCCGCUUCGGCGUCUUCCCCGACGGCUGGCUGUACGUGCGCAGCGCGCUCGACCGCGAGCAGCGCGACUACUACUCGCUGCUGGUGACCGCGUCCGACGGCGGCGACCCGCCGCGCUCGUCGCAGGUGCCCGUCACCGUGCACGUCGUCGACGAGAACGACAACGCGCCGCAGUUCGCCAACGCCACGUUCGAGUUCCGCGUGCGCGAGAACGAGCCGCCCGACUCGUUCGUGGGCAAGCUGUCGGCGUCGGACCGCGACGUGGGCCGCAACGCCGAGCUGACGUUCGCGCUGGCGGGCGGCGCCGACCAGCGCGACUUCACCGUCGACCCCAAGAACGGCUUCGUCAAGACGCUGCACGUGUUCGACCGCGAGCAGCUGGUGCGCGACACGGGCCAGAGCUACGUGGUGCUCGAGGCCACCGUCACCGACAACGGCGCGCCGCCUCUCGCCGACCGCGCCAAGGUGUACGUGCACGUCGCCGACGAGAACGACAACGCGCCGCGCUUCCUGCGCACGCCGUACCGCGUGCAGGUGUCCGAGGCCGCCGGCGUCGGCACCCAGGUGUUCCGCGUGUUCACGGCGGACGCGGACGAGGGCGCCAACGGGCAGGUGUGGUACUCGCUGGCCGGCGGCAACGAGGAGGGCCGCUUCGCGGUGGACGCGGCCACCGGCGUGGUGACGGUGGCGGCGCCGCUGGACCGCGAGCGCGCGCCCGCCUACCGGCUGCUGGUGGAGGCGCGCGACGCCGCCCCCGACGCGGCGCGCCGCCUCAGCGCCACCGCCGAGCUGGCCGUCGACGUGCUCGACGAGAACGACAACGCGCCGCGCUUCACGGCGCCGCUGCUGCCGCGCGUCUCCGUCGCCGAGACGACGCCCGUCGGCACCGAGCUGGCGCGCUUCGCCGCCGCCGACGCGGACGCGGGCGUCAACGCCGAGGUGAGCUUCUCGCUGGCGGGCGGCAACCGGCGCGACGCGUUCGGCGUGGACGCGGCCACGGGCGCGCUCUACCUGCACCGGCCGCUGGACUACGAGGAGCUGGCGGCGUACGCGCUCAACGUGACGGCGGCCGACGGCGGCAACCCGCGGCUCGCCACCACGCUGCUCUUCCGCGUCGACGUCGAGGACAGCAACGACAACCCGCCCGCCUUCCCCAACACGGCCAUCGUGCGCCAGAUCCGCGAGGGCAUUCCGCAGCGCACGCCCAUCGUCACGGUGGCCGCCGAGGACCCCGACUCGGGCGCCAACGGCGAGGUGGAGUACCGCAUCGGCGCGCAGGAGCCGCCGGGGCCGGCGCAUUUCGGCAUCGACCCGGCCACCGGCGUCAUCCACACGCUGCUGCCCGUCGACCGCGAGGCCGUCGACACCUUCCGGCUGACCGUGGUCGCGACGGACCGCGCGCGGCCCGAGUCGGCGCGCCUCUCGGCCGAGAAGCUCGUCACCGUCAUCGUCGAGGACGUGAACGACAACGCGCCGCAGUUCGUGUCGAUGAACGCGGCCGUGCUGCCGCCGGCGGCGCGCCUGCCGCCCGGCGACGACGUGCUGGUGGCGGUGGUGCGCGCGCGCGACCUCGACUCGGGCACCAACGGGCUCGUCACGUACGACCUGGUGAGCGCCGAGCCGGCCGCCGGCGGCGACCACUUCCGGCUGGACCGCAACACGGGCGCGCUGACGGUGCGCCGCGGCGCGCCGCUGCCCGAGCCGCGCUACCACCUGGCCGUCAAGGCGAGCGACGAGGCGGUGCAGGCGGAGCGCAAGUCCAGCGACGCCUACCUCACCGUGCUGGCGGCGCCGCCGGCCGGGCCGGGCGCCGGCGCGCCGCGCUUCCAGCCGGCGGCCGACGCGGGCGGCAGCGUGUACGAGAACGAGCCGGCGGGCGCGAGCGUGCUGCGCGUGCGCGCCGCCGUGCCGGGCGCGCCCGCCGCCCAGAUCGAGUACUACGUGACCAACGUGACGUGGGCGGGCGGCGCGCGCCGCCAGGCGGACCGCCUCUUCGACGUGGACGCGCGCCUCGGCGUGCUGAGCACGGCCGCGCCACUGGACCGCGAGGCGGGCCCGCCCCGCUACCUCGUCACCGUCGUCGCCGUCGUCGUGGCCGGCGCGCCGCCCGCGCUCGCCACCGCCACGCUGCAGGUGGAGGUGCUGGACCGCAACGACAGCCCGCCGGCGCUGUCGCCGUCGUCGCCGCGCGAGCUGUCCGUGUCGGAGGAGCUGCCGCCGGGCCCCGCGCCGCUCGCCGUGCUCACCGCCAGCGACCCCGACCUGGAGGGCGAGCUGCGCUUCUCGCUGCUGCCGCCGCCCGCCGCCGCUCCAGCCGCCGCCGCCGCCGCCGACCGCUUCGCGCUGGACGCGCGCUCCGGCGCCCUGACGCUGCGCGCGCCGCUGGACCGCGAGGCCGCCGACGAGUACGUGCUGGUGGUGCGGCUCUCCGACGGCGUCCAGCACUCCGACACCGCCAUCACCGUCCGCGUGACGGACACCAACGACAACCCGCCCGUCUUCCCCGAGCCGGCCUACUCGUUCGACAUGGCGGAGAACACGGCGCGGGGCGCGCGCGUCGGCGAGGUGUGCGCCAGGGACCUCGACCAGGGCGUCAACGGCCACAUCAGCUACAGCGUCGUCUCCGACUGGGCCAACGACGUCUUCUCGCUGCACCCGCAGACCGGCGUCUUCACGCUCACCGCCAGGCUCGACUACGAGGAGGUGGCGCACUACAUCUUCGUGGUGCAGGCACAGGACUCGGGGCGGCCACCGCUCAGCUCUACAGUGAGUGUCUACUUCAACGUACUCGACCUCAACGACAAUGCGCCGCUGUUCGACCCAAUGAGCUACAGCAACGAGGUCUUCGAGAACAUCACCGUCGGCUCGCCUGUACUCACUGUCAGCGCCACUGACCUCGACUCUGGCGAGAACGGCCACAUCGAGUACAGCAUCAGCGCGGGCGACGAGGCCGGCGACUUCUCCAUCACGGCCAACGGGACGCUGGUGACGGCGCGCGCGCUGGACCGCGAGGCGCGGCCGCUCUACAACCUGCUGGUGACGGCGCGCGACCGCGGGCAGCCGCCGCUCUCCUCCACAGUGCAGGUGACGGUGGUGCUCAAGGACGUGAACGACGCGGCGCCCGAGUUCAUCUCGCCGGGCGAGGUGUCGGUGGCCGAGAACACGCCCGCCGGCACGGUCGUGCUGGCCGUCAAGGCGGUCGACCGCGACGAGGGCCGCAACGGCUACGUCGAGUACUCGCUCGUCGCCGGCCCGGAAGGCGACGGGGGCGGCGCGGCGCGCCUCUUCUCCGUCGGCGCCACCGACGGCCUGGUGCGCGUGACGGGCCGGCUGGACCGCGAGACGCGCGCCCUCUACGAGCUGUGGGUGGAGGCGCGCGACCGCGGGCAGCCGCCGCUAGCGACGCGUGCGCAGCUGCGCGUGCGCGUGCUCGACGAGAACGACAACAGCCCCGUGUUCGACCCCCGGCAGUACAGCGCCUCCGUCGCCGAGAACGCCUCCAUCGGCGCCAGCGUGCUCCAGGUGUCGGCGACCGACGUGGACGAGGGCGGCAACGGCGUGGUGCGCUACGCGAUCGUGGCGGGCGACGAGAACCGCGACUUCAGCAUCGCCGAGGACACGGGCGUGGUGCGCGUCGCCAGCAACCUCAACUUCGAGCGCGCGCCGCGCUACGUGCUGCGGGUGCGCGCCACCGACAGCGGCCGGCCGGCGCGCCACGACGCCGCCACCGUCUCCGUCGCCGUGCGCGACAUCAACGACAACCCGCCCGUCUUCCUCGACUCGCCCUACCUCGCCUACGUCAUGGAGAACGUGGUGCCGCCGGCGGGCGGCGGCUACGUGGUGACGGUGCGCGCCCACGACGCCGACUCGCCGCCGCAGAACGCGCAGGUGCGCUACUUCCUCAAGGAGGGCGACGCCGACGUCUUCCGCGUGAACGCCACGUCUGGCGAGGUGCGCGUGCUGCGGCCCCUGGACCGCGAGGCGCGCGCCACCUACCUGCUCACGCUCGUCGCCAUGGACACCGGCACGCCUCCGCUGACGGGGACGGGCACGGUGCGCGUCGAGGUGCAGGACGUCAACGACCACGCGCCGGAGUUCGCGCGCCAGGCGUACGAGGCGAGCGUCUGCGAGAACCUGCCGGCGGGCGCGGCCGUGCUGCGGGCCGCCGCCACCGACCGCGACGAGGGAGACAACGCGCGCCUGCGCUACUCGCUGCUGGGCGAGCGCGCGCACCGCUUCUCCGUCGACCCAGACACGGGCGAGCUGACGACGGCAGAGCCGCUGGACCGCGAGGAGACGGCUUCGUACCAGCUGACGCUGGUGGCGCAGGACGGUAGCGCCACCGAGCCGCGCGCCGCAGCCGUCAACGUCAGCGUCGUCGUCGCCGACGCCAACGACAACCCGCCGCGCUUCUCGGCGCCGCGCUACACCGUCUACGUGCCCGACUCCACAGCGGCAGGGGAUUUCGUGUUCGGCGCCGAGGCGGAAGACGCGGACGCGGGCGCCAACGGACAGGUGCGCUUCUCGCUGUCGGUGUCUGCGGGGGCGGCGCUGCUGGCGGUGGAGGCGGCGACGGGCGUGGUGCGCGCGGCGGCCUCGCUGCCCCCCUCCGCAGAGGUACGCGCCACCAUCACGGCGACGGACGGCGGCCGCGAGCCGCGCAGCGCCACGGCCGAGCUAGUGGUGCGCACUCGCGCCAGCGCCCUCUUCCCGGCGCUGUCGCUGGCGCCAGCGCAGGCGCGCGUCGCCUUGGCCGAGGACGCGCCCGCCGGGCAGCCCGUGGCGCGCCUCGCCGCCUCCUCCCCCAAAGCGGGGCCCGCCGCUGCCAUCUCCUACGCCGUCGCCGGCGGCAACUUCGGGGGCGCGCUGCGCGUCGACUCCUCCUCCGGGGAGGUGGUGGUGGCAGGUGGCGGACUGGACUACGAGACGGCGGCCAGCUUUUCGGUGUGGCUGGAGGCACGUGAUAACGACUCUCCACCGCUGCGGUCGGUGGUGCGGCUGGAUGUGACUGUGCGGGAUGCCAACGACAAUGCACCUGUGCUGGAGCGCGCCGUCUACAAUGCCGAAGUACCUGAGGAGCGGCCGCCACCUGUGCUGGUUUGCCGUGUGCACGCCGACGAUGCUGACACCGGUGUCAAUGGAGAGGUGUCAUACCGGCUGCGGCCGACAGAGUCGUCGGCACUCUUCUCGGUGGACGCAGUGACUGGAGAGGUGUGGACGCGGGCACGGCUGGACCGGGAGCAGGCAGGAUCACACCGGCUGCUCGUGGAGGCAGUGGACGGUGGGUCACCUUCACUGUCGGGCACUGCCACGGUGCUGGUCGCCGUGCGUGACGAGAAUGACAACCCGCCUCGCUUCACGCGCCUCUUCAGCGUCAACGUCACCGAGAACGCCGAACUGGGAUCCUUCGUCAUUCGCGUCACCUCUUCCGACCGGGACGUGGGUGAAAACGCUAAUGCUUCCUACAGCUUUGCUGACAACCCGGGCGAGCGGUUUGCCAUCGACCCGGUGACCGGCAACGUCACAGUGGCAGGGCUGCUGGACCGCGAGGCACAGGACGAGUACCUGCUCAAGGUGGCAGCAGUGGACGGAUCGUGGCGUGCUGAGACACCGCUCACCGUCACCGUCCAGGACCAGAAUGACAACGCACCUGAGUUCGAGCACUCUUACUACAGCUUCAGUGUACCAGAGACGAUGACUGGGAGCAGCUCUGAGGGCGACAUCGGGAGUGAAGUGGGAGCAUCAGGGCAGGGGCAGCAGCAGCGGCGGCAGUCGGAGGCAGUAUUCGUGGGGCGUGUGGUGGCCACAGACCGUGACAAGCAGGGCCCCAACUCUGUUAUCUCGUACGCGCUCCAGCAACCCUCCGAUUUAUUCACCGUCGAUCCGGCAAGUGGCGACAUCUUCUCCAAGCGGCGGCUGCGCUACAAGCACAGUGCCUCAAUGGACCGCUCACCCGAGAACCAGUACUCCUUCACUGUCACUGCCACCGACAAUGGCAAGCCACCCAUGUCCUCGGAGUGUCUCGUCACAGUUGACGUUGUCGAUGCCAAUAACAAUUCGCCUGAGUUUGAGACAGAUACCUACUUCUCACCUGUGCCAGAGAAGGCUUCUGUGGGUCUGCGAAUCAUUAAGGUGACAGCACACGAUGACCUAGAUGUGGGUGUGAACGCCGAGGUGGAGUACGUGAAGACAGGUGCGGGCAACGGCUCUCAGUUCUUCCAGGUGGCACGUGACACAGGCUGGAUCUCUGUGGCACGGGCCCCAGGCAGUGCCGGUGUGACAUACUUGCUGGGGGUGCAGGCGCGUGAUCAUGGCGUCCCGCCAAGACACGCUGAUGUCACUGUCACCCUGGUGGUCACCCCAGACAACCACCACAGCCCUGUCUUCAACACGCUUAGCUACCAGGUCAUAGUCCCUGAGAACGAGCCUGUGGGCUCGACCAUCGUGACGCUGUCGGCGACAGAUGGUGACGAGGGCCCAAACGGGAUGGUGCGCUACACUAUCUCCAGUGGGAGCGAGUGCGAGGAGUUUGCUGUGAGCGCAGAGACGGGAGCAGUCACCAUCCGCCAGCCGCUCGACUAUGACUUGGUGCCCGAGUACCACCUCAACAUAACCGCCAGCGACCUUGCCUUUGAACCGCGCCAUGCCACUGCCACGCUGAGGGUGACUCUGACGGACGUGAAUGACAAUGCACCAUCGUUCGAGCACGCCGAGUACUCGGCAUCAGUGCGUGAGAAUGCGCCAGCGGGCACGGCAGUGUUCACACUGCUCGCACAUGACGCCGACUCGGCACGCUAUGCUGUCGUGCGCUACUCCGUAGUGGGUGGUUCGGGACGCGACGCCUUCCGUUUGGACCCAGAUACGGGCGUGCUCUACUCCCGCCGACCCUUCGACUACGAGCAGACCCAGCUGUACACACUCGACGUGCUUGCCACUAAUCCUGACUCACCCAUGUAUGGCUCCACCGAGGUGGUGGUGCACGUGACGGGGGAAAACGAGUUCUACCCACACUUCGUGCAACCCGUAUUCCACCUGGACGUCUCCGAGUCUGCUGAAGUGGGCACAAGUGUCGGCACCGUGCGUGCCACAGAUGAGGAUGCAGGCGAUGACGGGCACGUCUUCUACUUGUUCGUGGGCGCCAGCAAUGACCGAGGCUUCAGCAUCGUUGCCACAACGGGUGAAAUCCGAGUGGCGCGCCGCCUCGACCGUGAGACACAGAGCCGUGCCGUCCUCACUGUGCUGGCCAAGAACCGUGGCUCCAUCCGUGGCAAUGACACUGAUGAGGCCCAGGUGAUCAUCUCCAUCCAGGAUGGCAACGACCCGCCGGAAUUCGAGAGAGAAGUGUACGAAGCGGAGGUGUCGGAAGGGGCGGCGCCAGGUGCCCUGGUGGCCACUGUGCGUGCCACUGAUAGUGAUGUGCGGCCUCACAACAACCACUUCUCCUACUCGAUCAUCGCUGGCAACGCUCAGCAUGCCUUCAAGGUGGACCCGGCGACAGGCGUAGUGGAGACCACGUCGCGGCUGGACCGCGAGGUGACACCGGCGUACGCACUGGUCCUGGGAGCCAUCGACACGGGCACACCACCACAGACGGGCACUGCGACUUUGCGUGUGCAGGUCACCGAUAUAAACGACAACGGACCACAACUGGCCGCUGAUGCAUCACGAGGUUACGUGUCUGAAAACGAACCUGCGGGUACGUCCGUAAUGACGCUGACUGCUACCGACCCCGACCUGCCACCCAACGGAGCGCCCUUCGCCUACAGUGUGGUGGGUGGCCGCCACCGUGACCUCGUCUCUGUCGAGCGUCACUCGGGGCUCGUCCGUACGACACGUCCACUGGACCGGGAGGUCACACCGGAACUUGACAUAAUUGUGGAGGUGGAGGACAGCGGGGAGCCAACGAUGCGGUCGCAGUUACCGGUGACAGUGGUCGUGCUAGACCAGAACGACAGCCCAUCUACACCACGCGCUGUCCACGUGCUCGUCUAUGCCUUCGAGGGGCAGUUGCCACACGGAAAGAUUGCCGACGUGCGUCCCAACGACGCAGACACCACGGGUGACUACCACUGCGAGGUACAGUCUGGUGGUGGCGGACUUAGCAUCCCAGCAGGCACUUGCGAGCUGCACGCCCUGCCCUCACUGUCGCAGUCAUUGACCACCGGAACGGGGGCGGGCCGUGGUCUGGCACUGGCCGUGACUGGCAAUGACGGCGUGCACGCUGACGUCGUGUCAGCCGUCACAGUGGAACUGGCCACCUUCGACGAGGAGGCCGUGGCAAAUGCGGUGUCACUGCGUGCUGAAAACACAACAGCGGAGCGCUUCCUGGCGGCUCACUACAAGGCGGCUGUUGAUGCACUGCGUGCUGCUUUUCCUGCGCCUGCCGAUGCACCGCUGCUCUUCGGCCUGCAGCAGGUCGACGCAGGGCUCGAGAUGGCCGUCGCCGUGCGCUCCCAGCAGGGCUACCGUGACAGAGCCACAGUGACGGAGGCGCUGUCGCGGGCUGCACCGCUACUGCCGGCCCUGUCUGUGGCGUACAGUGCAUGCCGGCAGCGUGCACCCUGCCAGAAUGGUGCCUCCUGUUCUGAGGCACUGCGCGUCCGCCCCAACCGCACCCUCGUCUGGGACAGCCGCACUCUUGUCUUUGCCACACCAGCUGUCAUCCUCGAGGUGGACUGCCGUUGCACCGAGGGCUUCGCGGGGGAGCGCUGUGACCGGCGGCAGGACCCGUGCUCGCCUAGUCCCUGCCUCGCUGGAGGCACCUGUCACCGUGGCGCACGCCUUGGCGACUUCUCCUGCUCCUGCCCACCGCUCAGGGAGGGCCGCCUGUGCGAGCUGGAACGUGGAGCGGUGUGCGGCACGCGGCCCUGCCUGCAUGGCGGAUCGUGCCGUGAGAGUGCAGACGGAGCCAGCUUCUUCUGCCUGUGCCGGCCUGGGUUCCGUGGCAACCGCUGCGAAGCAGCAGCUGACUCGUGCCGUCCCAACCCGUGCGCUCACGGUGGUGUCUGCAUCGCGCUGCCACCACCACCUGCUCUCGGGUACCGCUGCUCUUGCCCUGACGGACGCUUCGGACGCCACUGCGAGGGCUCAGCAUUUGGGUUCGGAGAACUCGCGUUUGCUGCCUUCCCGUCGCUCGACGCCACAACCAACGACGUGUCGGUGGUGUUCGCCACUGCCAAGCCCGAUGCACUGCUUGUGUACAACUACGGUGCGCAGACAGGUGGGCGCUCGGACUUUGUCUCGCUGGAGCUAGUGGCCGGGCGCGCCACCUUCUCGUACGGUGGCGCACGUACUGCCAUCGCCACAGUGCAGGCGGGCGGCGAGCUGGCGGAUGGCCGCUGGCACCGCAUCACAGCGACACGCAAUGGCCGUGUGUUGUCGCUUAGUGUGGCCUCUUGUGGCGAAGAUGGCGACGCCUGCCGAGACUGCAGUCCAGGUGAUCGCUCCUGCUCGGCCGACGAAUUUGGCCCAACUGGGACACUCAACUUCGACGGCUCUCCAAUGCUGGUGGGCGGCCUACCGUCCGUGGAGGCGGUGCUAGAGCGCCCAGGGCAGGUGCACUCAGACGAACUGGUGGGCUGCGUGCACAGUGUGACAGUGAAUGGCCGCGCACUCAACCUGAGCAGCCCGCUGCGUGCACGUGCCGUCGCUCCCACCUGCUCGCGCCCACGGCUCUCGCCUUGUGACUCGCUCGGAGCUGAUGGUGCCGAUCGUGACCGGUGCGGUCCUGCGGGGAGGUGUGCAGAGGGGUGGCCGUCGCGGCGCUGUGAAUGCCACACGGGCUCUGUCGGCUCCUCUCCCGAGUGGGUGCUGGCGCCUGACUGUGGCCCCGCACUGGCACCAGUGUCGCUAGCCGCAGGUGCGCGGCUGGAUCUCCCGCCGGGAGAGCGCCACCGCCGGCUGCAGCUGCUGGACACACUAUAUCGCGGGACGACGCGCUGGCGCCGCCCACCUGCGCCCGCACCCUCUGCAGAGCAGCACCGCCUGACGGACAGGGCCGUCGCCUUCGCAUUCCGCACGCUGCGUGCAGAUGCCGCACUCUUCUUUGCGGCCUCCAACUCCGACUACACCUCGAUAGAGUUGCGUGGUGGGCAGCUGGUGUACGUAUCCCGGCUGGGAGGUGCGCCGGCUGUGAACACGAGUGCCGCAGGCCCUCUGCUGUCGGAUGGUGCAUGGCACCAUGUGCGGCUGUGCGCACAGCGGCGCGCGCUCUCACUGCAACUGGAUGGGGCGCGGGCGGGCGACGAGCUUGACGUGGCCGGGGUGCACGACUUCCUGGACCCCGAUCUGACUGCACUCUCAUUAGGCGGUGCACCGCCACACCUGCUGCCUGGAGCCCCAGAUUUUGAGGGCUGCCUGGCCAACUUCACCAUCAAUGACGAGCUGCAGCCACUUAACGGCUCAGGGAGCAUCCUGCCUGAUGUUGUGUGGCAUGGUGCCAUUACACCCGGCUGCACGGGACCUGCCGGCCUCGCCACCACCGCCACUCCCGACCCACUCAGCAUCGGCAUCACGCUCGUCAUCGUGUUCUUCGUUGUACUGCUCGUCGCUAUUCUCGUCAGCUUUGUUGUGUUCCGGCUUCGGCGCCAGAAAAAGGAGAAAGGUGGUGGUGUGAGUGGUGGUGGCAUUGUGGGCAAACAGAAUGGCGGUGCAACUUUAGUAUCGGGAGGUGGUGGACCCGGGGGAGGGGGUAACGAUGGCAGUGGUGGUGGAUGUGGUGUGCUAGGUGGACGUGGAUUGACUGCAGCGGAAACUGCUGCCUUUCUUGGUGAAACGGGUGAAGUGCUUAGGCCACAUCACCUCGUCGGACCUGAGCUUAUUGCCAAGAAAUACAAGGAACGUGAGAUCGUGGCACAGCGUCCAGAUAUUAUCGAGCGUGAAGUAGUGGGGAAGCCCCUGCAGCCACCGCUGCAGCCGCCACAGCUGAGCGCCCCGUCCUCCGCACCCGCACCCCAGCCCACAUCAGCAUCGGUCGGGCCCAACGAUCCCGACCUGCCCGAGCACUACGACCUAGAGAAUGCGAGUUCCAUCGCUCCGUCCGAUAUAGACAUAGUGUACCACUACAAAGGGUACCGUGAAGGUGGAAAUGUCAGAAAAUAUCGGGCCACACCUCCUCCAGGGGUGGGCUACCACCACAAACACUCUGCCAGCGGGGAGCGCGGCGCGCAGCAGCAGCAGCACCGGCACUCGCCCCGCGGCGGUUUCGCACCGCCGCAGAGGGACUCCCCGCGCCAGGCGGCUCCCCCGCCCCCAGCUGACAGCUCACCCGGCGCACCGGGGCCGGGGCCAGGGCCGGGGCCGGGCUCCGUGGCGGCUGGCUCGGGAGCGGGUGGAGGUCCCGUACUCCAGAGCACACCAUUAGCUCGCCUUAGCCCAUCCUCUGAGCUGUCGGCUCAGCAGGCACCAAGAAUCCUGACUCUGCAGGACAUAAGUGGGAAGCCCCUGCAGUCCGCCUUGCUCGCAACAACAUCUUCGUCCGGAGGUGUCGGCAAGGACGUGCUGCACUCCAACAGUGAGCGCUCACUCAACAGUCCCGUGAUGAGCCAGCUCUCUGGGCAGAGCUCGUCUGCCAGUCGCAAGGUUUCAGCAGUGGUCGGAGGCAGCGGAGUUGUCGGGACAGGUGCCGGCUCAGUAGGAUCUGGGGCAGUCGUGUCCAGUGGAGGUCCUGUGCCGGAGGUUGGGCUCACAGCCGAAGAAAUCGAACGCCUCAAUUCCCGACCUCGUACCUCCAGCUUGGUGUCAACGUUAGAUGCCGUUUCGAGCUCCAGUGAAGCUGCCCGAGGGCCAUCAGGACCUGGGGGAGUUGGUGGGGCCACACCUCUUCAUCGGAAAGAGCCACUUCAUCUGCACCACGGAGUGGCCGGGGCUGUGAAUGGUGGAGGAGGUCCCGGUGUAGUGGGAUCCCCCACCCAGCACGGGUGCAACACUGACGACAAUGCCAGCUCUACGACGACGGAUGAGAGCGGCAAUGACUCGUUCACUUGUUCAGAGUUUGAGUACGACAAUACAAAUGAUAAGACACGAGGAGCAGGAGAGGUUUCAGCAACUGGUGCAGAUCAGGGUAAACCGCCACUGCCGCCAGUGCCUCCUGCGUCUUACGACGGUUUCGACUCAUCCUUCCGAGGUUCGCUGAGUACCUUGGUAGCGUCUGAUGAUGACCUGUCGACUCAUGUCGGUGCAUCUCUGUACAGAGCACACAAUGGGUCUCCUUCGUCAUCGGCUGCGGCACUCGGCUGGGACUAUUUGCUCAACUGGGGUCCCAAUUUUGAAAGUCUAGUGGGUGUUUUCAAGGAUAUUGCUGAACUGCCAGACUCUGUAAACUCGCGAGUGGCCGCAUCACUGCGAUUGCCGAACAGUGCACCCAAGCCGUCCGAAGAAUAUGUCUGACAGCUAUGACAUUGUCUUUUUUUGGCUGUGCAAAAGGGGCAAUGAGACAUUUUAUUCUUGCGCCGAACUGCAGACAGUGAUUAUGUGUUUACUUGCAGGUGAUGAAGAGAACGUCUGACUUUCUGGUAAACUGUUUCUGUUUUGUACAUGAGGAAGUUUUCCUGUACUUUCUCAGAACAAUGACACUUAUCCAGAAUAUUUCAGACAGUACGUUUCAGAUGUUGCAUACUGUGAUAUUUUAAGUGAAUAGUGCAAGAGACUUUUCUGUGCACAAUGGAGUUACAACUCUCAGGUCAAUUUGUGUCCCCAUAAGGCAGCCUUGCGUCAAGUUACAAGCACACCUCAUUUUGUUGCAGUGCUGCAUUCUGCAUAUUGAAUGAGGGCAGUUCCCAUGUAAAUGGUCCAUAACAUUAAAUGCAUGUUGUAAAUGCACCCCAAACCUUAGAAAUGUACAAGCAGAUUCACGAAAAGAAACUGCAGACUGUAAAUAAUUGUAAAUGUUCAUACCUCUUGUGCCAUUGUGUCCUGUGUCACCCUGUGCUUCUGGCUAUGUUAUAGUAUUUACUCAAAAGUUUUUGAAACUUCGUUUUUCAUCAUCCUUGCUUGGUUUAUUUACCAUACCUGUGACUGGAACAAUAUAAACAUCCCUUUAAAUUUGUUUUACUGUAUAAUUAAGGACCGUUUAUUUUUCACUCCCUCUUUUUUCUCUUAUCGAGAAUACUGUUAUUCAUUUGCAGAUUCACAGUUAGUGGCACAGAACAGUAUAUUUCCACUUUCAGGCAACUAUUUUGUGGGGAAAAUUGCCCACUAGGUGUGCUCAAUUUUGUAUGUCCAUUAAACAGUAUGGUACAAAACGAAAUAUUGCCAAUUUUAUGAUGUACUAUAUAAUUAUAAAAAAACGUAUAAUGGCAGUACCCCAUGCUACUUUUACUUGUAAAUAUUAUUUGUAUUUUUAUAUUGUCAAUGUCUGUUUAUUUGUAUGAAAAUUGUGAAGUUGUACAUUUGUAUGUAAUAUUCAGUAACUCACUGUGCUUAGCCAAAAGAGGUAGUGCCAAAUGUUUUGCCUGUGUGAAUGAGUGUUUAAAUUUGAGUGUUGUAAUGCGAGAGAUGUGAAAUAAUAAACAACGGAAGAUGACACAAAUUUC